AGGUAGGUCAUUUUCCCGUAAUUUAUCGAAAUAUUUAUUUCUGUUUAAUGGUGAAAAUAAGUCAUAGCAAAUGUGAAAAUUGAUUGCAAACAUAUCAGUAGACCACACAGAACCAUAUCAGGGGGACGUUUGUUGUCCAGAUAUUUGACAUUCGAACAUGGAUGAUCAAAAUGGUGGUGACAAUAAUCAAGUGUGGAAUCCUCCAGAUCAGAGCCAGUUUGUUGCUGUAACAACCACACAAGAUGGCCACGAAAAUGCCUACAAUGAUAACGUUGCCAUUCAAGCAAUCGCACAUUCUCAGUAUGAAGGUCAUUAUCAUGAAUUACGUCCACAGAGCUAUUUUGCUGGUGCAUAUAGUAUCAGUGGUUCUCAGUCUGAUCUGUACCAGGCUGUUCACUCAACAUACGGGAGAGUUUCCCCAGUACAAGAAUAUAGAGAAGUACCGACAGGGAGUGAGGGUAUAUCAUCAUAUUCUGGGGUACAAGCUGAUAGUGCUCAACUUAUAACACCAUCUGCUGUAGACAGCAGUACUCUUAAUGUACAUCAAGGGGGUUAUCACAUGAUCUUAGAUCCAGGAAAUAGAUUGGUGGUACAGAGAGUUGUCUCCCCAGCUGAUUGUUCUGUUAGCCAAUCAACAUUAAGUUUACGUCCUGAUGGCGAUGAAGCAGGGACAAGUGCCAUAACUCUUCAACCAGUGCAAACUUCAAGUGUUGACGGUGCACAGUAUGUAACAGUACAAGUGACGUCCAUGCCUCAAUAUGCAUCAUCACAUGGUGAGGUCAGUACAACAGAUGGGGCUCUUAUAUCUAAUGUAGAACAUGAACAUCACCGAGACAUGGACUCAGAUCAUCAUGUAUCAUCUAUAGGGGCAGUUCAUGCAAAUCUGGUCGCAGAAGCUAGAAAGCGUCAUGAUUUAGAUCAGUUUAAUGGUGAACCAGAUACAACACAGGAAGAUCUACAAGAUUUUACACCUCAUCAUUCUACACCAGGUCCCAGAUCAUAUUUGGUAGCAUCAUCAGAUCUAGGUCAUGGUGGAAUACAUUCAACGAUGUCAGGUGCUGGUUUAGGAGCAUCUAAUCAGGUGGCCAUCAUGGAUUCAACAUUAGAUAGUAGUCAGUUAUCGUCUACUCAUGACAUGUCAAUGUCCACAACCUCAGAUAUGACCCUUGAUUCCGCCAUGGAAAGAUCAGCGGAUAGUUCAGCCAUGCCGGAUGAAAUUGCUGGUCCUUCAGUAGUUAGUGGUAAUAUGGUAACUGGUAGUGAUUCAGCAUUAGAUCAGUCGUUUGAAACAGAUGAUUAUGAUGAGGAAGAUGAUGACGAUGAUGAUGGAAAUAAAGAAAAUAAUCCACAAUCAAGUGGAAUUAGGAUGCAGCCGACUAAUGUACGUAAAUCAUCAAGAAUAGCCAUGUUAGAUGAAGAACAAUCAACCUCGUCAUCAUGGAGAAAAAGAGUUUAUGUACCUAGACCAUAUAAUCCUGAAGAACUUUGGUGUGAUGAGUGUAUGUCGUCCUAUACACCCAAUUGUCCAGUACAUCGUAUCACAGUUGUCCAGGACAAAGUAGUCUUGUCAAGAGCGUGGUCAAGUCUUCCACCUUUACUGCAUAUAUUCAGAUGUAACGAAAUAGGUGGUGCUAAUAAUGAAGUGGGUGUAUUUGCUAAGAAAGCUAUCACUAAGAUGACACAGUUUGGACCAUUUGUGGGUGAAUUAGUCCCAUCACAACAACAUCUGACAAAUCCUAAAUUUUUAUUAAUGUUAGAGAAGGCUGAUAAUACUGUUGGGUAUUUUGAAACGUCUGAUGAAAACAAGUGUAAUUGGAUGAUGUUUGUUCGACCAGCUAAAAACUUUGCUGAACAGAAUGUGGUUGCUUAUCAACAUGGCCAGGAUAUAUUCUUCUCUGUUAUAAAAAACAUUGAACCUCGCCAAGAACUUAAGGUAUGGUAUGCAGCUCACUAUGGUGAUAGAAUAGGAAUACCGAUACAUGAAAUAACAGAACGAGAUAUGGCAGAUAUGGAUGAGCAAGAAUACAAGUUUCCUUGUUACGAAUGUAAUAAGAAGUUCCGGUCGGCUCCUGCUUUACAGCGCCAUCUUGUGGUACAUGAAGAAACUGGAUCUCCACGAGCAGAGGAUGAAGAUUUUGAUGAAACUGCUGAAGCUAAAGCAAUCCGAAAGAAGAGUUUGGCAUCAAGAUGGUUUAAGAAUAAAGGAAAGGGAGAAAAUGGGGAAAGUUCUGGUUAUCAAUGGAAGAAAAAAUCAACCAGUAUUUAUUUAAACAAAACUUUAAAGAAAUAUCAGAAGAGGCCUGACUCUGAGAAGAUACGUCGAACUAUUCAGUCAAUGUAUAAACGUAAAGGCAAGGAAACUGGUGGAAAUGAAUGGGUAUGCAUGCACUGUGACCUGACCUUUGAUAACUCUAACCUUUUGAACCUGCAUACAUUAACUCACGCUGCAGAAGAUGUGGGUUUGGAUGAAAUCAAAAAGUUUUCAGAGCCAAUUCCAGUACAGAAUGCAGAAAAUGGUGGACAACCUGGAGAUGUUACUAAUGGUAUUGGUAUGGAAAACUAUCUCGCUUGCCCAGUUUGUAAAGCACGAUUUGACAACAAAAAUGAUUUGAUUGCGCACGCCACACAGCACGGAACAUCUAAAAAGAAAUUAAUUCCUCCUCGUCCUUUCAAAUGUAAUAAUUGUUGGAAGGCUUUUGGGACACAAGAACGGCUAACCAAACACAUGUUAUGUCACGGUACGGAGGAUUCCAAACCACUUCAGUGUGAGGUCUGUCAAAAACGCUUGAUGAAUAACUCGGCCCUGGCUUGCCAUAUGAAGAUUCACAGUGAUAAGAAAUACUAUCAAUGUCCAAUCUGUCAGGAAGGAUUCGACCAAACCAGCAGUCUCAAGUUCCACAGCUUGGAGCACUGUGUCAAUGGUCUGUAUACAUGUCCACACUGCCCAAGGCAGUUUAAUGAUUUCAACACGAUACGCAAACACAUGAAACAGUUCCACUCAGAUCAAGAAUUUCCAUGUCCCUCAUGCGAUAAGGUUUUCUCACGCCCUGACAAGUUAAAGCUCCACAUGCUAAAACAUUCAACACAUCGGGAAUUCAUGUGCGAAAAUUGUGGUCGUCAAUUUAAGCGCAAAGAUAAGUUGAAGGAGCAUAUCAAACGGAUGCAUACUGGGGAAAGAGAACCAAAACCUGUAAAUGCUGAGGAGCGGGACAAACAACUGAAGAAAUUUAUACCUAAAGUUUCUCCAACCGAUUAUCAUCGAUUUAUUUACAAGUGCCAUACCUGCUUACUGGGUUUUAAAAGGCGUGGAAUGCUGGUCAAUCACUUGGCUAAAAGACAUCCUGACAUCACUCCAGAUCUAGUACCAGAGCUAAAUCUGCCAAUUCUAAAAACACAGCGUGAUUACUUCUGUCAGUAUUGUGAUAAAGUCUACAAGUCGAGCUCCAAACGUAAAGCUCAUAUUAUCAAGAAUCACCCUGGUUUCGAUCUUCCAGUUAGUAGUCGUAAGAAGUCGAUGAUCCCAGAAAUACCAGGGUUACCCAACCCGACUUAUUCACAAACCGUGGGAAGUAUUACUACCCUGCCACAACAAUGUACAUAUUGUCACAAACAGUAUGCUAGCAAGGCAAAACUCAUGCAACAUCAACGAAAGAAGCAUCCAGAUUUGGUUCCUCCAACUCCUGAUAAACGUCGCGUAAAGGAAGAUAUACAGCUGAUAGAUCAGAACAACUUACAGCAUCAUCAAAUGGAACCUGCUACCUACACAGACGUAACAGUGGCAACGCAACAAACUCACGAUCUCCAAGCCGCCGAUCUUCUCACUCAAGCCAUGAGUGAACUGACGCAGACUUUACAGGAAUAUCGUCCGUCCACUGGAGGGGACUAUCACGCUUUAGCGGCUAGAAUAGCCCAGGGUGUCCAGGGCCCGACGAUGGUUCACGUUCAACCAGCUCAACUACAGCAGCUUCAACACACAACUAUUGAACUAAGUCACCUUGGUCCAGCUCUAGCUCAUGCUCAGUUGACUACAUCUCAACCCCAGCACCUGGUGUCAGCUGCUACAUUAUUAACAAGCUCCCAGCAACAACAGCCACAACAACCUCCUCCUUCUCUUAGUCCCCAACCCCAACCCCCUCAAGCAGUGCCUGUCUCCCUCGUAGUGACAAAUCCACCAAACCAGGGUUCAACAGUGAAUUUAUCGCAAAACUUUGUCCCUCGAACUUGGACAAAUUAUCAAAAUUAUCGAUAAAAAUAACUCUAUUUAUGCAGACUUUAUGUAUAAUUUAUUGUUGAACAAUUGCCAAAACGGCCAAAGAAUCUAAGAAAAUCUUCUGAAUGUGUCAAGACCAAAAAUCUUCUGAAUGUGUCCAGACCGAAAAUCUUCUGAAUGUGUUUAUAAAGGAGUCAGGACCAGGGGUCACUGUUUUGUUUAAGGAACUUACUAUGUUGUAUAAUAGUACCUAAAGAUUAAGAUUCCUUGUUGUCAUAUGGUUUCAGUCUAAGUUAAGGAUAUUUGGCAAUUAUAUGUUGCAAUAAAGAUGCAUUAUGUAAGAAUUAGAUGAAGAUCUGGUCGUUGAAAAAUAGAUAAUCAAAAAUGAAGAUGUUGAAAGUUUCAGUAAAAUUACUGAAUUCUGAAUGAUAUUAUGAAUGUUUGAAGCUUUGGCAAGAAUAGCAUAGUCUUGAUUGUUGUUGCUAAGAUAAUAAAUGGCUCAUUUUUUUGUUGACGGAUUAAAUGGCACAGGUGGUCUGAUCCAAUUAAUAUCUAGACCAUCCGAUUUUCUAGAGAUUUGAUUAUGGGCCUGUAAUGUGAAUAAAUGUCUAAAUAAUAAUUAUAUUACAUUUGAAGGCAGAAAAAAGACCUUCAAUAGACAUAUUUACCAAUUACAUAAUGUAUCUUUAAAUUAUGAUCAUAUUUAAAUGUCAUAAUUGAGUGAAGCUGUUUAAAAUAUACCAUUAUAGAAUGAUGCUGUAUUAAACUUUAUUAAAGGUAGUGCAAAAUCAAUUCAAACAUUGAAAUAACUAUAUUUUUUCUGUUCUCACUGAAAUAUUAUACUGUAUUAUUAUUAAUGCUAGAUCUAAAUAAGUGUGACUGCAAUUACUAUUAAUACUGUCAAUUAGUGCAACUGCAUUUACUAUUAAUACUGUCAAUUAGUCUAACUGCAAUUACUAUUAAAACUGCCAAUUCCUGAAACUGCAUUUAAUAUUAGGCUAUUGUUCCCACUGUAUGAUCCUAUUCAACAAAGCUAACAUAUAACAUAAAUUCGACAGAAUUACAUGUAUGUAGUAAAAUAACCAAUUUACAUUUGCCAUGUGUACUGCUCACACAAAUGUUCCAAUUUGAGUAGUUUAUCAAGGCUAUUCAAACUUAUCUUUUAUUGUUUGUUAUGUGAUAUCUAGUAUGAAAUAUUUUACUGUUAUUUAUUCAGUGUAAUCAACUCAUAUUCAUGAACAAACAUGCAGAUAAUUAGAAUAGUCGAAUAGUAAAAUCAGUAUUUGACAUGACCACUAAUGCAAUGUAUGAAGUUUUUAGUGAACUUUCGGUGAAUGUCCUCUUAAAUAAUUCUCUUUAUUAAAUGCCUUUAUAAUGUGGGAUUGUUAAUGUAAAUAGCUAUAGUCAUAUAAUAUCUUAAAUAUUUUUGUAAAUAUAUGUAAUAUAGUAAUGUAUGAUGUUGCUUCUAACAAAUAUUUGCAUCUUUUGUGCUAUUUGUGUAGCAGGGUGGAAUCUAAAUGUAAUUUCAGAAAAAUCUUUACAAUUUUUGCUACACUUCAGAAUCUGCCUACCACUCAGAUGAACCGUAUAAUACAUACAGCAAAUAUCUGGGUUAUCUCAAGUCAGGUAUGGUGUUGGGCAGAUUCUGUAAUGACUUUAAAAUUUAAGGUAUGUUCUCCACAGUUUGAACUUUGAACUUAAUGUAGUCGCGUUUUAGGGUAUGUAUAAUGGGUUGCUUUAUGCAUGUGGUCAGACAAAUGUUAUUAACUUUUCUAAAUGCACAAAAUAGAACAAAAUAUUUUUAUGUAAAUCAAAUUUUAGGAUACUUUUCUGCUAGACUAAAGAGAUGGCACCUUAAAUGUAUUCAUAUUUUUAAGUCAAAAAUUAUCCUGCAUGCUUUUCAGUGGAGGUGUAUUAUGUGCCAUAAUAAGCCUUUCUAUUAUUAACUAAAUGGAAUUUGAAUGUAACAUCAAAUUAUGAAUACUAAAUAAAAGUACAAAUUGUUA